ACAGUUGACAAAGAUCAUAAUGGUUUAUUGUCAUUGAAAGAAGCGCAAGAGUAUAUUUUUAAAGAGUAUGGAAUUGGAGCUCAUGACGUUGGACGUGUAUGGCGUCUUGUGGUACCAAAUUUAAAUGAUGAACUAGAUGCUGUAAUGUUUAGCAAAUUACGACGACGCAUUCGAGCAAUGUCAAUUCGGCUUGCUAAGCUAAUUAUGAAGAAUGCGGAUACAAAUGAAGAUGGACAUAUUGAUAAGAAAGAGGCGCAAAAGAUAGCAUUUGAGCAGGAAGGUAUCAGUGCAGAUGAUGUGAAUGAAAUGGUAAUGUCUGUUGAUGAUAAUAACGAUGGUGAAUUAAAUGCUCCCGAAUUUGCUGAUUUCGAACGAAUUAUCCGUUCACGUGCUAUUGAUACAUCAAAAA